AUGCAGCCCGUGGCCCUGCAGAGCCUGUCCGAGCUGGAGAGGGCCAGUCUGCAGGAGCUGGCGCUGUUCCAGCUGCAGGAGAGGCUGCCCGUGGGCCACCUCAGUCUGGACAGAGAUGGCUCCAAAGGCAUGAAAUCCAUCCGGCAGAAGCUGGAGAGCUUCUCCAAGGAGAAGAAAGAGUGCUCUCCCCACACCUUCGGCGUGCCGCUCGCCCAGGUCAUCGCCAACGACCGCGCCUGCCGGCAGCUGCAGGAGGCCGUGGGCCGGAGCCGCCGCCUCUGCCUGGAGGUGGAGGCCACGGUCACCAGGUUCCGGGCCCAGAGGCACAGGAGGCUGGCAGUGGGCACCAGCUGCAUCCGGGCACCCGACGGGGGCUGCCCAGAGGAGCCGCUUUCCCCGGUGCCGGUGGACAAGGGCUCCUGGAGCCAGCGGAGGGGGGCCAUGUCCGUGGAUUCCAUCACAGACCUGAGUGACAACGCCUCCGAGCUGCUGGAGGCCCUGCAGCUCUCACACCCCCAUGAGCUGGACCCUCGCAGGAGCCGCGGCAAGAAGAAGCAGCUGAGCCUGAACCCCAUCACCUGGCAGGUGCCACGGAUUGUGGACAGGUGCUGCACCCACCUUGAGACGCACGGGCUCCAAACUGUUGGCAUCUUCCGUGUUGGAAGCUCCAAGAAAAGAGUCCAGCAGCUGAGGGAAGAGUUUGACCGAGGGCUGGAUGUUUUCUUGGAUGAGCAUCAAAGUGUUCAUGAUGUGGCUGCCCUGCUCAAAGAGUUUCUCCGGGAUAUGCCUGAUUCCCUGAUUCCCAGAGAGCUCUAUGGAGCCUUCCUCAGCACAGCCAGCCUGGAGGGGCAGGCCCAGCUGGACACGCUGCAGCUGCUGCUGUUCCUGCUGCCCCCGUGCCACAGUGACACCCUGCUGCGCCUGCUGCGCUUCCUGGCCCGGGUGGCGCGGCACGCCGAGAGCUCCUGGGACCCCGAGGGCCGCCAGAUCCCUGGGAACAAAAUGACAGUGUCAAACCUGGCUACAGUCUUUGGUCCCAACAUCCUGCAGAAGGAGAAGCCUGGAGAGAAAGAUGCUGGUGCCCUGAACUUUGAGGACAGUGCUGCCAUAAUCCUGGUGCUCCAGAGGCUGAUUGAGCACCACCACUCCCUGUUCAAGGUGUCCCCAGAGAUGCAGUGUGACGUGCUGAGGAGGCUGUUCCAGACAGACCCCGAUGUCAUCGAGUACCUGCUGCGCAGGAAGUUCCCUGACGUGCCGAGCCCAGAGCGUGAGGAUCCCGGGGAGGAGCUGGCUCUGUCCACACCGCCUGGCUGGACACACAGCCUGGAGCGUGGCUCGGUCUGCUCGGAGCUCUACAGCAGCGUCUCCUUCCUAAACCUGCAUGUUGGCAUCUAG